AUGCAGAGGCGAGGGCCAGCCACCGCCUUCCUGGAGGAGGUGGCAGAGGGCCAGAUUCCCGACAGCCCCGUGGUGAGGUCAUCUCGUCUCCACCAGCUGGGCCCUUGCGAUGGAGGCAGCUAUGCCGUCCACGACUCCCGGGCCCCCAGUCUAGGCUCAGGGGGUGAGAGUCCCCCAUCGAGCCCCAUCGGACACAACUGGGAGAUCAACUAUCAAGAGGCAGCAAUCUACCUCCAGGUCCACGCGACCCUGGAGCUGUUCGCCCUGAUGGUGGUUGUCUUUGAGCUCUGCAUGAAGCUGCGGUGGCUGGGCCUCCACACCUUCAUCCGACACAGACGGACCAUGGUCAAGACCUCCGUGCUGGUGGUGCAGUUCAUCGAGGCCAUCGUGGUGCUGGUACGGCAGACAUCCCACGUGCGUGUGACCCGGGCUCUGCGCUGCAUUUUCCUCGUGGACUGUCGGUACUGCGGCGGCGUCCGGCGGCUUGGUGAGCUGAAGCGGCCUCGGGGUGGCACGGAAGCCCACCAGGCCAGAGUGCUUUCCAUGCUUUCCACGCACAGCGUUGCCCCUCCGGGCCCAGAGCCGCUCUUCCUCCAGCCUGGCUGCCUCUUCCGCAGGAAUCACUGUGGUUUCUACUUGUUCUCCUCUAAUCCUUCGGACCCCUACUUCAGCACCCUGGAGAACAGCAUCGUCAGUCUCUUUGUCCUUCUGACCACAGCCAAUUUCCCAGAUGUGAUGAUGCCCUCCUACUCCCGGAACCCCUGGUCCUGUGUCUUCUUCAUCGUCUACCUCUCCAUCGAGCUGUACUUCAUCAUGAACCUGCUUCUGGCCGUGGUGUUCGACACCUUCAAUGACAUUGAGAAACGCAAGUUCAAGUCUCUGCUGCUGCAUAAGCGAACCGCCAUCCAGCAUGCCUACCGCCUGCUCGUCAGCCAACGGAGGCCCGCCGGCGUCUCCUACAGGCAAUUUGAAGGCCUGAUGCGCUUCUACAGGCCCCGGAUGAGUGCCAGGGAGCGCUAUCUGACUUUCAAGGCCCUGAAUCAGAGCAACACAUCUCUGCUCAGCCUGAAGGACUUUUAUGAUAUCUAUGAGGUUGCUGCCUUGAAGUGGAAGGCAAAGAGAAACAGGGAACAUUGGUUCGAUGAGCUUCCCAGGACAGCGUUCCUCAUCUUCAAAGGAAUUAAUAUCCUUGUGAAGUCCAAGGCCUUCCAGUAUUUCAUGUGUAAGUGUGAAAUACCACAGCUCCGGGCCCCUUCCUGCCUGAGUCUUUUACUGUUCCAGAAGGUGGAGAGUACCAGCACAGUGGCCGAUGCCUACCGCUGGCUCAAUCACACCGUGGGCAACAGGACUGUUGUGGACGAAGGCUACUAUUAUCUCAAUAACUUUGACAACAUCCUGAACAGCUUUGUGACCUUGUUCGAGCUCACAGUUGUCAACAACUGGUACAUCAUCAUGGAAGGUGUCACCUCUCAGACCUCCCACUGGAGCCGCCUGUACUUCAUGACUUUCUACAUCGUGACCAUGGUGGUGAUGACGAUCAUCGUUGCCUUCAUCCUCGAGGCCUUCGUCUUCCGAAUGAACUACAGCCGCAAGAACCAGGACUCGGAAGUUGACGGAGGCAUCACCCUGGAGACGGAGAUCUCCAAAGAGGAGCUGGUUGCCGUCCUGGAGCUCUACCGGGAGGUGCGAGGAGCCACCUCGGACGUCACCCGGCUGCUGAAGGUCCUCUCUCAGAUGGAGAGACACGAGCAAAACUCCGUGGUGUUUCUGGGACGGAGAUCGAGGACCAAAAGUGACCUGAGCCUAAAGAUGUACCAAGAGGAGAUUCAGCUGGGGAAACCCAAGCUCAGGGCACAGAGGCGCUUGCGACAGUCGGCAGACAGUCCCGGAGGUAGAGUCGAGGGCUGUGCCAUCCAGGACGGUGGCCGCUGA